CGGCCACGGCACAGUACCGCGGUUGCGACGUGCGACUCUCCACCGGCUACUCGCUGACUACCUUGGCUGCACCUGGACUGCCGCCGCGGCGCUGCGAGGUCGCCGUCGAGGACACCGUCGAGGACACCGUCGGAACGCCUUCGAGGCCACCGUCGAGGACGCCGUCGAGGAGGCCGUCGAGGCCGCCAGUAGUGUGUGCGGCAUGGGGCGCGCCUGAAGACCUGAAGGGCGAGAAGAUAGCAGACAAAGACCGCCGCCAUGCCACUGCGGCACGAGCCCCCCUCGCUCCGGAAGGCCGCCAUGACGGUCAUCGGCGAGAACUUUGAGCCGCUGUGCUACGGCGCCUCGCCGGAGGAGGUGGCCGCCAUGAUCGACAACGAGGAGUACCUCGCCGUCAAGGGCCCCUUCGUGGACAUGCCGGGGCCGGUGCUGGCGGGGGUGGCGGAGACCAUCUCCGAGCGGCGGGCGCUGCACCGCAAGCACCUGCACAUCCUGGUGCAGCCCCAGCUGCCUCGGCUGAACCUGUCUUUCGGGGACGCGGACGGAUUCCACGGCAUUAUGUUCGUAGGGCAGCGCUGCAAGCGCCGCUGCUGGUGGAGGAGAUGAGCGACGAGCUGAAGCACCUGACGCACCUGCGGAGGCACCACCUGCACCUGCUGACCACGCCCAGGGUGGCCUGCUGGUCGCUGCACGGCGUGGCGGACCAGCGCGCCGGCCUGGACUUCCUGGCGAGCCGCUGCAAAAAUUUGAAACACCUCAACCUGUCGUACCUGCGGCACAUCAACCCCAACGUGCUGUCCAGUCUCUUGCCUUCCUUCACCACCAUCGUCACCCUCAACCUGCGUAUGACGCUCACGGUUGACCAGCUGCUGGCGCAGAUCGGGCGGCACUGCCCCGUGCUGCGGGAGCUGAACCUGUUCGGCACGCCCAUCACGGACAGGGGGCUGGUGCAGCUCUGCAUCUCGGCGGAGGGCCGCCGCCAGUGCCAGCGCCUGCAGAAGCUCGUCGUGGCCGACACCUGCGUCUCCGUGUCCGGGGCCGCCGUCGUGCUGCAGUCGCUGCCCAACCUCACCGACUUCGACUUCGACCACAUCUUCGAGGCCGCCGACCUGGUGGAGCAGUGGGACCGCGUGCUGGAGGCGCGCCUCCUGACGCCGGCCGGGGUGCGCCUGUCCGAGCAGCCGGUGGCCCCACCCGACCUGCUGCAGCUGCGCGCGCUCACCUCCAACGCCGAGUUCGUCAGCAUGGACUGGGUGGACUCGGCCGUCAAGAUGUGCCCCUUCACCACGUCCGUCACCAUCAGCGGCUCCUGGCUGCCGAGCGAGGUGUUGUACAAGUUCAUGGUGCUGGAGAACCUGACGGCGCUGUCGCUCACCAACGGCGAGGGCCUGACGCUGGACUUCCAGGAGGGAGUCUUGCCAUUGCUGUCCGCCUGCGGCGAACGCCUGCAGAACCUCAUCCUGGCCAGCUUCACGGAGAUAGACAUCGCAGGCAUCGGACGGACCUGCCCGGGACUGCUGAACCUGGCGCUGUCCGCCAUCGGCCACUUCGACCCCAUCAACUCCGUGAACCCCGCCUGGUUCUCGCGGCUCAACGCGCUGGAGGUGUGGUGCGACACCUCCCAGGCGCACGCCCCCGUCCACGAGCAGGUCGUCAGCCCCUGCCUGCUGCGCCAGCUCCUGGUGUCCAGGAACAUCAAGAACCUCCUGUUCACGGCGUGCGGGACGCUCACCGACCGCCUGUUUGCGGAAAUCUGGCGGGACAACCCAAUGAAAAAGCUGUCACACCUGACCCUGGACCACUGCCACGGCGUGUCCCCGCAGCUAGUGCACCAGGUCUUGGACGCGGAGAACGAGCUCACGAUGCUGCGACUCUGGAGCUGUUGCCAAAUCCACAAGAACCACAAUGCAGAGUUUUCCAAGAGAAUUUGCUCCGAAAAUAUGAACAUGUACCUCGAGUGGUUUGCCUACAAUGACUGAUUUUUUUCCCCCUUAGAUUUAUGUGAAGUGGAAAGGAACAACUCUCUUACCAUCCGUUCCUUUCAGUUAUUCGUUAAAAAAAUAUUUUUUUGAUAAUAAAUUGAAUGCGGAAAUUACUA